GCAAUUCAAAAGAAAUUGUGAGUCUGCUUACAAGUGUUCAUGAUGACAUUUUAGUCGCGUAAAUUUUAUACGUCUAUUGACACGCUGAAAUGUGUACCUAAAUUACGGAUCAAACUCUCAGUGUCCAGGAACAAAAUUUCUGCUCUGAUUUCAGCCAGAAAUACGGAAGUUAUCAGACCGCUUAUGCGUGUUUAAGUUUAAAACAAACAUUUCUGUCGAUUGAGGAAAUGUGACGAAUGACAAGGUUUGAUGAAUACAAAGAGUAAUCUUACUAACGCACGAUGCUGUGGUGGCAAGCAUAAGUUAUCGCUGAGGAUGGCGCCCAAGUGCAGAAGAAGCGCACGGUCGCUGCCAAGUGUUGGCGCGCUGUGGCCGCGGUGCCUGACGCUGCUGUGCCUGCAACUCGCACCCGCGCUCGUAUACGCAAGUGAAUACGCUACAGGUGGCGCUCUGGAUGCCGUCGUCACGGCGGCCGGCAACAACGUGACACUUCCCUGCCCUCCCGCCUCACAAACCUACGUAUUGCUGCUCGUGUGGACGUGUCUCGGCUGUGAGAUCAAUGACGAGUCUUCUCACUCCGACGUCAAGUUGGUGGAGUACAAGUCUGACUCGAUCACGCACUUCCACCACGAAGGCAGGAUCCAGCUGGACGCCAACUAUGCCUUGCAGUUCAAGCCCGUGCGCGCUACAGACUCAGGCAGGUAUCGCUGCCACGUCAACAACAGGGACGAGACGCUCGUCAAGCUCAUUGUGCAAGAUAAGCCUGACCCUCCAGGACGCCCGCUGGUCGAGCAGUUCAAGUCGAGAUUCGUGAUACUGUCGUGGACGCCGCCCCCCAACAACCACCACUCAUCCGUCACGCAUUACAUCAUCCAGAUACGGAUGUGCGAGGGCGUGAGUCAGUGGGACGUGCAUAACGGACGCGCGACGACCGGCAACGAGACUCGGGCGACGGUUGAGGAGCUGCAGCCCUACACCGUCUACCAGUUCCGUCUUGUGGCUGUCAACGCCAUGGGGCAGAGCAAACCUAGCCAGGAGAGCUACUGCAUCAUCACCCUACGGGAAGGUCAGUGA